GACGGACGACGACGACGACGGUAGUAUUAAAACGGCGGCGGCACCCGCAACAUCAGCCGAAAUCGUGCCGCGUAAGCGAUACCAUAGCUCUGUACACUUUGCUCGACACUCGCCACCUAUAAGCCGCAGUGCACACACACACACAGUGUAGUAGUGUCAGAAUUGGGUCCGCGCGCGUGCCAUACACUCGUCGAUCGUCGUCCGGGUGUACACACACACACAUAUAAUAUUAUCGUUAAUCGUUUUUCCCUAAUCCAUCCCUAUUGGACGCGUGGAAGAUAAAAAAAAAAAAAUACAUAAAAUAAAUAAUAAUAUCGUACGGUCGAUUUUUAUACUUUAAUUUUUUUUUUUUUCGUACCUGUUAUAAUUUCGUCGCUUUCGGAGUUCGACGGUGGCGGCGGCGGCGGGUACGGAGUGAUUUUUCGGUUUUUUUUUUAAAUUCAAUUUCCUCCGUUAACUGCCCCCUUCACCCCGCACACUCAUUGGUCUCCACUAUCUAUCUCUCUUUCUCUCGUGUCAGUUGUGUAUUAUGCUAAUACGCGUGGAUAACCGCCGAAAUGAGGUCGGGAGGCUGAGACAACAACGGCGGCGGCGGCAGCAGCAGCACGUGGUGUCCAAAUCGAUAGCCACCGUGGAGGAGAUAACAAGGUAGUCAACGCAGACAGCACCGCAAGACCAAGCUCGAGCCGUCGUCGCACUGCUGAUAAAACAUAACACAAGAUCGUAACGAGCGCGCAAAAGAUCUGUCGGCGGAUACGCUCGAUCAAUGAUUGAUCGAUAGCAGUUAAUCUAGUGACAGCAACAACAUUUUGCGACCGCCGCCGAGAUAUUAUGCCAUAUACCCGUCAGGCGCAGCGGCCUACGGUGGUGGCUGUGUUGGCGAUAACGUUGUUGGCCGCCGUCGCCGAAACGGUCGUACCGGCAACGCAGGCUAAGAACCCAAGCUCGGCUACCACUACGACCACUACCACCACUACCAUUUCCCCAGAAGUUUUUUUGCUCGGGGCCGACAACAUAAAUAAAUACAUUUCGAACAACGAAGACGGAUCGUCGCUUGCAGUUUUGGAUUUACUGGAGUCGACCAUGCAAACCUACCACAAUUACCAGUAUCAUCGACACGAGGCUCGCGACGAAAACAAACAAAACCAUAGUUACAUCGAUGGAGUCAUGCCGAUAAUCUUACUCGAGGACGAAACGACGUCGUCAUCUGGGUUUGUGCCCAACCGUUUGAGACCGGCGUACAGUAUGCAAGGCUCUUCGAGAAGGCUGCGGGUACCCGACAACGUUUACAAGCGAGCCGUCGAAUUGGUGAGGAACGCCGACGAACUGACAAUAGCGUCGGUGGUCCGUCAAGAGCGCGCCAACACCGGGUCCAUCGUGUCGUUUUCGUUGGGCACGAACAGGUAUUUGGAAUUGGAAUCGAGCGGACGUAAAGACGAAGUGAGAUUGCAUUACAUUGCCCGCGGAAGUCGCCGCGUCGAAGUCGAAGUGUUCUCUUAUCCUCUGGCCGACGGCCAUUGGCACGCCGUGGCCUUAACGUUAAGCGGGACACAAGCGCGGCUCUAUGUCGACUGCCAAUUGGUGUACACGCGUACGUUGGCCGGCGGUUCGGUCGACACGAGCUUUUCCGUCACGCCGGAACUAUACGUGGGACAGCGCAAUCAAGGCGUCCAUUCUGUUUACAAAGGUAUUUUACAAGACGUUCAAUUAAUCAGAGGUAUCGACGGGCAUCGCGUUCAAUGUCCAAAGCUGGACACUUCAUGUCCGAGUUGUGGACAGUUCGCUGCGAUGCAGAAUGUCAUUGGACGUAUGUUGAACGAUAUACGCAUUCUCAACGACAAGUUUGAAGCUGCUCAGCGGGAAAUAAAUCAAAUGCGGUCAUGCGAGUGCCGUAAACCAUGUAUAUUUACGGACGAGCGAAGCAACAACACAAUUAUGAAAAACGAUGGAUCUGUAUGGCAAAAUAAUUGUGAAAAAUGCUCAUGCCUGCACGGUCGGGUGGAAUGUGCUCCGGUGACUUGUAUGCCAGUUACCUGCCCUCAUCCGGUACGCAAACCAGGGGAAUGUUGUGAUUCUUGUUUAACCCGGUGUUUGAUUAAACCAUUGGGCCAAAUUAUCGAGCAUGGCACCACUGCAGUCGUGAAAAUAAAUGACGGGUGCCUCAGUUGUUCCUGCGACGAUGGAUUGCAAACGUGCAAUAGGGUGGACACCGAAAAGUAUUGCCCGGUUUUGGAUUGCGACAAAUCCGUACAAAUAUCCGUGCCCGAACAAUGUUGCAACUUCUGUCCAGACGACGAUCAUUGUGCACGAGGUGGACGUCAUUCGUGUCAUCCGAGCGCAACUUGCAUCAAUGUGAGAACCACUCAUAAGUGCUCGUGCACCGCCGGUUACAAUGGCACCGGCCUCCAAUGUGACGAUAUAGACGAAUGUUCGGUAGUCGGUGGCAAAAACGGACACCAUUGCCAUGCAAACUCUACGAUAUGCAUAAACACCCCUGGCUCGUACACGUGUAAAUGCCGAGAGGGCUACGUUCGCUAUAACAGUUUUGAAUGCAUCGACGAGAACGAAUGUACCAGUCAAAAGUCACCGUGCCAUCCGCAUGCAAAGUGCACAAACACGCUGGGCGGUUACAGUUGUCAGUGUGCAGACGGGUACGAAGGCGAUGGUUUCACCUGCAGGCCUAUUUGUCGACAAAAUUGUCUAAACGGCGGUGUAUGUCAAAGCCCGGACGUCUGCUCAUGUCCAGCAGCUUUUGAAGGGCCGGCAUGCGAGUUAGACGUGGACGAAUGUGCGACCGGCGUUCACGGAUGCAUCGAUUCGUCGUCUCAUUGUGUCAACAUGGCCGGAUGGUAUUAUUGUGCAUGCAAUCCGGGCUAUCAGAGUAUAGUAAUGUAUCCGACCGCAAGUGCCAUCACUAGAGCAGCCGAUGACCAUAUUAAUACUUUGGAUUCCACGUGGUCACCUAUGGUAGGCACGAUUUGUCAAGAUAUAGACGAAUGCUCGAUCAAUAACCAUACGUGUCACCCGUCUACUAUAUGUGUGAACACAAUUGGCUCGUACGAAUGUCAUUGCCACCAGAAAGAUACUUCGGACGGCACAACCAGCGUUGGCAAUUCAUUGGAAUGUAAAUCUAGUUGCUUAGUAAAAGCGAAUAAUGGCUCUACUGAAGAAUUAGAAAACGGUUCGUGGUUUAUGCCUCAAGAGUGUACCAAUUGCACUUGUGUAAGUGGAAAUUUAAAAUGUGGACGCAUCGAGUGCGAUUGCUCAAACGAGGAUCAUAAAAAACUAAGUUGUUGUGCUAAGUGCGAUGCUCAGUCGUCUUGCAGUCAUCAAGAAAUACCAAAUGUAUGGUUUCAUAGUGGUCAACAAUGGGUUUACCAGUGCCAGACGUGCGAGUGUUUGAUGGGUCAAGUUGAUUGCUGGCCAAUGCAGUGCCCACCAUUACUUCCUCAAGGCGUCAACUGCACAUUGCUUACACCAGCAUUGCCAACGACAAAAUACGGUAACAGACAUCCAAUCAGUGAUUGCUGUUUACCAAAAUUAUCCGAUUUAUUGCCAGCCAGCCGAUUGGUUCCAGUAGCAACUGCCGCUGUAGCUUUGGUGGCCGCGUUCAAUCCCAACUGCAUUCAUCACUAUGAUGGCGAAAACGACAACAACACAUUAUCAGCCACGGACACUCCAUGUUUUUACGAAGGACGCGUCUAUCAAUCAGGUGCGCGUUGGGACGAUCCAGCUGAUAUGUGUACAUCUUGUAAUUGCAAGGUGUCGCCGUACUGCGCCCAAUCGAACGGGAAAAUAUGUUGCUCUUACGACGUGUAUCGCUGCGAUCGCAGUGCUGCAACACCGGGCAAGCCGCAUGGCGCAGUCGCAAACCGCAACAGCGGCGUUAAACAUGAUGGCCAUUUGUCUCGCGUAUCUUACCACGAAUCGUCCGUGAUGACUAGUAUCCGCAAGACGACCGUCGCCGAAUCGCGGCAGACAAUCGCCAACAAACGGAGCGGUCGCAGCCGAAGACAAUUGCAGCAGUGGUCGUCCGAAACAACGGCUAUCGGCGAACACGCUGAUGUGAACAAUAAUCGAAACACAGACCGCGACACAAACGACGGCAACACGAGUAGUGACAAUAGGUUGGACGCGAACGAAGACUGGUGGCGGAGGAAAACGAGAAGACGGAGGAAAAACAAAAGGCGGACCAGGACUUCGACACAAGUGGCCGGCACUGAUCGCCGCGGUCUCCGUCGUCCGCGCACCGUGUCCGGCACCGUCGCAGAAUAACCGGAAGAGUCGCUUUUCAAGAAUAGCACGGGUUCUUGUGCACGCCGGAUAGAUUCGCCGCUACACGCCUGCGGGCAAAUUAGGGUAGGCCGUAUAAAGAUAAAAAAAAUUGCCAAUUUUCUCCUCCUACCGUGGGCAUCGCUGUAAUCGUUUCCCGGGCGGGAAAAUGUUUCGAUAUAACGAAAAUUGAUUUCUAGCUACUGUCCGACUCGCUCAACGAUUUUACACCGGUGCCGCCGAGUGCUCGUCGACCGCAGUCUCUUCCGAGAGUACCGUCGGGCGAGAAUAGACAAAAUCCUAUCUGCAGCAUAGUACCUAGUGGUAACGACGAUUUUAUUUAUUUAAUCAUUAAGAUGUUCUUAGUAUUUAACCACGGCGACAAUAAUAAUAAUAUUGAUAAUAAUUUAUAAAAACGCGGCAAUCGCUGUGCCGCCAGAGAACGUACCUGCGCAACCGCAAGCAACGCUUGUCGGUUUCUGCGCAGGUGCGUUCUCUCGCUGCACCGAGCGUACCGCCCGGAAUAAUAGAAUUGUUGUAAAGACUGUUGUUGUAAUUUAAAGUAUAGAUUUAGUUAAUAAUAAUAAUAAUAAUAACAAUAAUUUAUAAAAAUAAAAAUAUAUAUAUAUUAUAUUUAUAAUUCAUAUAUAUAUAUAUAUACUAUUAUAUUAUCAUUUUGUGUUGGACGUUUCUCAAGUGACACCGGCGGUGAAAUUUCCCAUUAUAAGGCACACUGUAAUAGUUAUUAUCCGUACCGAUAAAGCCCAAAAAAAUUGUUUACUAUCGUUGAAUACAUGCAAGUAGUGCGAUGUAUAAUGUGUUACUGCGUUUCAAUAGGUCCCUCCCGAAAGCAAUUAGAUUAUCUACAUCGGUAUAGAACGUCCAUGCUGCUUAAAACGUUUAUCGGAGUCGUUAAAAAAAAACCCAUAAUAUGUCGGUAAAUAACGAAUAGUUAAAUUUUUUUAAAUACACCUUUCCCAAAGAAUAUAAAAAAAUAUAAAGGCCUCGUCAUUUUCGUUUUUUCAUCUCUUCGGUCGAUUCUUAUUUCAUAACUUUUUUUUUUUUAAUUUCUUUUAAACGUGAAAAUUAUACACGCAAUAACAUUUUCGACGAAUAUUUUGUUUUAGUUUAGUUGUAAUUUAAAAUUAAGAGUAAAAUUAGUUAAUCAGCUGUUGUGCAGGGUGUGUACAUAACAAACCAUGUUGUUGAACAAGACAAUAAAAUUAGCAUUAACAAUAGAUUAACCGGACAGAUAGGUAUAUUUUGUAUAAUUGUGUGGAUAUUGUUUUUGGGCCUACUUAACCCGUAAAAGACUGCCGGCCGAACGAUGAUAAUAAUAAUAAUAGUUAAUAAUAUUAUUAACAACAUCAAUUAUAUUUUUACCACCGCCGUCAUCACUAAACAACACUUGCGAUUUUUUUGUUUUUUUUUUUUUUUUGUUUAAUAAAUUCUACUCACUCAAUAUAUAGCAGACAAUAAAACAAUAACUGUUGAACGACGAUAAUAAUAAUAAUAAUAAUAAUAAACUAAAUAAGGCGUAUAAAUAAUAUUAUAAUAAUGUGUACGAAUGUUUAUAGAAUAAUUUUUAAUUUGUUAAAUUAGUUGUAUUUGUAUUGUUUUGUUAUAUUAUACGUGUUUUGACGACCUAACCUCACCCUCUA